AUAGAUGUUACAGCUAGCUUAUCAACUUCAACAUCAGUACAAAGAACUACAAUGAACUUUACAAGUAACUCAGUGGUCCAAACCAGCAGUAUAUCCACAUCUCCCAGCAACCCAACAUCAUCUACAACGUCUUCAUCUUCCACUAUUCCUGGCUCCAGUGCACGUCCAGUGGCCAGUACUGAUACAAAAUCUUCUUCAAGAGCAGUGAGCAACUCUGGUUCUUCUUCACAAGUAACUCCUUCCACCUCAUUCACAGAUAACUCAAGCACCCAGGGCCAGAAUUCAGUUGCUACAACCAAUGGAUCCACCAAUUUUUUGGCUCCUUGGAAAAUAAUUGUCAUCUCCUUGGCUGUUAGCAUUGGAACCUUUGUGGUUGUCGGAGGAACAUUAUUGGCCAUAUACUAUAUCCGAAGACUUAAAGGAAUGCACCGCUAUGUUGUUUCAGGCUCCUCCAUUUAAGAUGCGGACUUGAAUAACUCAAACAUAAUCAUUUCUACCUUCGAAAUCAAC